GUGUCAGUGGGGGGAAUAGUGCCCCAUCAUUGGUGUCAGUGGGAGGAAGAGUGCCCCAUCAUUGGUGUCAGUGGGAGGAAUAGUGCCCCAUCAUUGGUGUCAGUGGGAGGAAUAGUGCCCCAUCAUUGGUGUCAGUGGGAGGAAUAGUGCCCCAUCAUUGGUGUCAGUGGGAGGAAUAGUGCCCCAUCAUUGGUGUCAGUGGGAGGAAUAGUGCCCCAUCGUUGGUAUCAGUGGGAGGAAUAGUGCCCCAUCAUUGGUGUCAGUGGGAGGAAUAGUGCCCCAUCGUUGGUGUCAGUGGGGGGAGGAAU